AAAAUUACAAACAAAUAAUUUUCAUGGGAUAAGAUUUCGAUGCGUUUUUUGCUAUUGACGCACACACUCCCCUGUUUUGAUUCUUGCUUAUAAAAGAUUUUGAUAUAUUUUGGUACAACUACUUUAACUUGGGGUGAAGAAUCAAUUCCUGGUAAAUGGCUUCCGAUAGAAUCACCGGGCUUCCUGACAACACCAUCGACGAAAUCCUUAAGUACCUGCCGUUGAAAGAAGUGGUGAGAACUAGUGUACUAUCUAGAGAAUGGAGGUAUAAGUGGUUAUCAGUUCCGCAUCUAGAUUUCAGUUGGGACUUCCAAAAAUCACUGCCUUCAGAAUGCCCCAUUGAAGGUGUCAUUUCCCACAUACUGCUAUUGCACAAAGGACCCAUAGUCAAGUUUUCACUUCGAUACAGUAACUAUGCCCAUGUGGUUGUUAGUCGUUGGCUCCAGAUCUUGAAAACAAAGUGCGUUGAGGACUUCUCACUUGGAGUUUGGGCUGAAACCACUAUUUAUGCCAUACCUAGUGAUCUAUUUAGUUUUCAUCUCCUAAGGCAUCUGCAGCUGAAUUUAGUUGCGAUCACUUUGCCUACUACUUUCAAAGGUUUUCCUGAGCUUGUCAAACUUACUCUUGAACUUGUCGAGAUUACCUACGAGGAGUUGCGCAUGUUUAUUUGUAGCUGUCCGAAGCUUGAGUGGUUGUAUCUCCACGAGCUGACAGAUGUCCCAACAUUUUGGGUACAUGAUGUUGAUGCCCCGAAACUCAAAUACUUGGAGCUUGUAGGAAACAGCGUCGAACUAGCUCCUACUUUCAAUGGUUUCAGUUUGCUUGCCGAACUUAGGCUUUCUAUAGUCAAAAUUGCCCCACAAGUGUUGCAAAGGUUUUUAUCCGAAUGCCCAUUGCUCGAGUUGGUGUAUAUUAGCAGUUGUUAUUAUGAAACUCCACUUUCCCGUCUCGAUAUUAAUGCUACUAAUCUCAAACUGUCAAGUCUUAUCCAACUUGAACUUGCGAAUGUUCAGAUUACUCCUGAAGGAUUAGAAAGUAUUAUUUCAAAAUGUCCGAUGUUUGAGCGCUUGUCGAUUAGCUCGUGUUUUUCACCAACAACAGUUUGGUGCCUUGAUAUUGAUGCUCCGAAUCUUAGAGAACUCGUCAUUAAACAUACCGGCAUCAAGCUUCCUCCUACCUUCCAUGGUUUUAGUAGACUUGCUAGUCUUUGUCUUGCAGGACUCGUCAUUGAUCCUGAAGAGUUACAACUGUUCAUAUCAAAAUGUCCAGUUCUUCAUUCACUGACCGUUCGUAAGUGCAAUGACCAAAAUGGGUUUUGGCCUCUCAAUAUUGAUGCUCCUAAUCUCCGGGUCUUGAAUUUAGACGGCUUAUUCAGUUCAAUUUGUGCGCAAAACACACAAUCUGUUCAGGAAGUUUCUGCCGUAUAUCCAUAUUUUGCUUUAUUAAGUAAAGAUGCUGAUUAUGGAAGGUUAAAAUCUUCUUGGGCAAUUGGAGAUGAGAGUAACAUGAUCAAGUUUUUCGGUCAGCUUCCAUCUAUUGUAAAAUUGGAAGUUGGAAUCUCGUUCUUGCAGUUCCUGGCUUUGGGUGGCGUGCCACGAGAACUUCCUAGCAAACUUAAUGAUUUGAAGACUAUUGAACUAAAAAAAAUGAAUUUUGGAAUCAUGGACCACGUCAAUUCUGUUGUUUGCUUGAUUAGAAGCUCCCCUAAGUUGUACAGCCUUGUCAUUAAUUUUGAAGGUUGGCAGACCAGGAGUUGGGGAGAGGAGUGGAGUCAUGUUAACGAAUCAAUUAGAGCAGAGCAAACACAAAAGGCUGUUGAAUAUAUGAAAGACAUACAGAAGCAAAAUAUUCCUUACAACGACAUCAAAAUUGUGAAGAUGAAAUUGUUUGAGGGCACUCAACCUGAGUGGAAUUUGUAAAGCUUAUUCUAUUGUGGGGGGUAGAACUUGAACAAUUGAAUUUACUUUCUCAUUCUAGGAAUUACUUUGAAUUGGACGGGGCAAAAAGAGAGUUGAAGUUGUUCUAUUUGGAGUCAUCUUUCAAGGCUAAAUUUUUUAUAGAUAAACAGCUAGUGUAAAAUUUUGGCUUUUGCCAUGAAUUAUUGCUUUGUUGUGAAUAUUUGUAUUAAGCUGCAUUUCGGAAUCUCUACAUUUUUCUUUUGUUUUAUUAAUUUUUGUUUUUAAUGAUUUGUAUUAAUGGAGUUAUAAUUCUA